AUGCCGACUGGUCGAUUCGACGAGUACACCAAGCUGGAGCAUUUAUGCUCCAGCGCUGCGAAUUAUCCCAGCAAUGGUAUCCGAACUCGCCUGUUCGGCCACGCUCUCGCCGCCUACAAGUCCGAGCUCGAAACUCGGUCCACAGAUCUCUUCCAGGCCGUACAAACGUACCCCAUAGACUACCUAGAGGCAUUUGACGGGGACGAUUUCCAAAAAUGGGCCUGCCACUCAGCGUCGCAACUAAGACAACACUACCAAAUCAAUCGCAAAGAGCCGCUCAGUCGUUUCAUAUGCAUCCAAGCAGAGACGUCCAUCUCCCCACUGGAUUGCUCGAAGGACGUGUUCACUUUGUUGCUUUCAUUCCACCAUGUCAUGCCUCGAUUCUUGGACCUCGUCUUUGCAUUUGGCCAGCAGGCGGCUGCCGUUUCUGAUCUCAAUUGCACCGCUUUUCACCACGAGAACUUUUUAGAAGCUGAAGAUACCAGCUACAGCAUACCGCGGCUCGGCCGAUCCGGGAGACAACUACAGAACUGUUACAACUUAUGGGGCGUUGAAAAGUCGGAUGCCAAUGGAGAGUGGUCCUUCCGCCAAAUGGCAGUCUAUCAUUCUUUCGACGUCGAGAGUUGUCGCUCUCUCUGGAUCAAUAUCAAAGCCAACGACUUGAUGCUGGAAAGGAUUACAGAUAUGGCCACCACGUCAGGAAGGCGGAACUACAAUACUAGCUCGAGUCCUUCCUCCCGAUUUGCAGCGACCCUUGUUACGCACAUGCUAUUCUUUGAGUGGUGUACUGAAGGAUGGAGAUCAUUCAUUUCAUCCCUAGAGAAGGCGGCUCACGAAAUUCUCAUGAAGGUCGAGAAUGCCCCAAUCCAAGAUGUUGAAAAGCAACUUAGUUUGGAUUAUGAAGCUAUCAUGCCGACAUCGCCAACUACACCGACACAACGGAGACCAACCUUUCCUCAAGCCGGCAUGCAAUCACGCACCUCGUCUGGCUUUAGAGCUCCGCCUGUCAGGAAGGCUUUCAGUGGCAGUACAACUCUACCCGUCAUCCAGUCGCAAGCAUCUGCCACCUCGACAGGCCACCCAACGGUUCCGGCUCCCCAGAGAGAGGUAGUUCCUGUAUCUUCCAAGAACUUUACCGUUCUCGAGGAGUUCUCGGUGAAAAGCUUGCAGCGCCUAGGCGGAAUCGGCUCGAAGCUUCAAAAGGCCUCAUUGAUGAUGCAGCUGGACGCGCAAGUGUUGGACAGUGUUGUGACCCAUUACGACGCACUUCUGAGGGACGAAAGACUAUCUGACGGACUCAGGAAUGGAUGUUGUUCCGAGGUGUCCCUGUUCAGAGAAGAAGCCGCGAGCUGUAUUCGACGGUUGGGCAUGGAGCAAUCACGUAUCGCUGCGCUAGAAGGCAUUCUGAGGGACGGCCGAAACCUCCUGAACACAAUCCUUCAGUACAAGAAUACCGAAAUCAACAAGAUAUUCACGGUCAAUGCUCAAGAGACAUCAAGUCGAGUCGAGGAGAUGACCGCGGAGAUGCAUCAGUCGGCCCUUAGAAUGGAGUCACUCACCAGAAUCACCGGACGGAUCGCGGAGAAAACAGAACGCGAGACAUCAUCGAUGCACAUAAUCACGCUGGUUACGCUUGUAUUUCUACCGGGGACCUUUGUGGCUACUCUGUUUGGAAGCGGCCUUUAUCAGUGGGAUCAGAACAACCCGGAGAUGGAAUUCCCGCUGUGGAAACAAAAGUAUUUCAAUCUUUUUGCCAAGAUCUGCUUUCCUUUGAUGUUCUUCGUCAUUGUUGUAUGGUAUUGUGUCUACUGGUGGUCUAAGCGGAAAGAAAACAAGAAGGGAGGAGGGGAUGAGGAGAAUCUGCUCCUCGGUGGUGAGAAAGACGCAGCCACAGAUGGGCACGAUGACUCUGGAGAUAAUUGA